AGAAGCUGUGAAGGAAGUGACGUAGGGCACGCGCCGGGGGCGUGAUGGAGCAGCAGCAGCAACAGCAGCAGCGGCAGCUCAGAAACCUGCGGGACUUCCUGUUGGUCUACAAUCGGAUGACGGAACUCUGCUUCCAGCGCUGCGUGCCCAGCCUGCACCACCGAGCUCUGGAUGCUGAGGAGGAGGCCUGUCUGCACAGCUGUGCUGGGAAGCUGAUCCAUUCCAAUCACCGCCUCAUGGCCGCUUACGUGCAGCUCAUGCCUGCCCUGGUACAGCGCCGCAUCGCAGACUACGAGGCUGCCUCAUCUGUGCCAGGUGUUGCUGCUGAACAGCCCGAAACCUCGCCAUCAGGGAGCUAGCCGUCCCCAACCCCGGGAAGGGAGGCACGGGAUGGACCCUCAAAUUUAAGGAGCCAGUGGACCUUGGGCUGGGUGCAACCUGUAUAUAGAAAGUGAAGAGUUGCCUGAGAGGUGGGUACUGUUGCUCCUUUUCCUGGAGCUAAUAAACCCACUUUUACUCUGUUUGGUUUAUAGUCUGGGCAAGGAAGCUUUGCCCACUUGAUUGGCACCAUCUUUAUAUUCUGUCAGGAUGCUUCAGCCCUGGCAGCAGAGAAAUUGCCUUCAACGUGUAGAAGGAAAACCUCAGUAUUCCCAGGCACCUGGUUAAAGCGACGUCUGUGGGUACAAUUUUAAGACUGGUAAUAGCGACAAGAAGUUGGUUUCUGCCCAGAUGACAGAAAAUGGGAACUCUGUCUAGCUGUCCUUAAAUCUGUCUGACUUAAAUGGCUCACUUAGAGAUAUCUAAGGACAGCAGAUUAAGAAUCCACAGGGCUUUUAGGCGCUACCUCCUGGGAAGUCAGUAGCCUCAGACAGAGAUGAAACCUGUAAGAAUUCUGGGGUGUUCUGGAACGUGAAACACUUCCUCAAGUUGUUACUUAAUAUUUUCUGUCUUCUUAGGAUGAGCAGUAAAAUUUUUAAACAAAGAAGGUCUGUGUGCUUGUCUUCAGGAGCAGUCAGAAAGGGGAAAACUUGUGGAACCAUAUUCUGCAAUACAGUCAGACUCGAGGGAUAAAAACCUAAGGGAGAAGUAGAUGGUGAUGUUAUGGGGGAAAAAGGAAGAAAGCCAAAUCUUCAGGACUUCUUGAAUGUUACCUUAAUGUCUUACUGCUUGUCUGAAAUGUCCUGAUUCCAUCUCUUAGUCUACCCCACAUUGUUCCCACUGUGCCUGUUCUGUGAUUUCUAAUUUCAACCUGUCUGUUCUUUCCUCGUUAUUUCCCUCCAUGUGGAAUUUACUUCUGUAUUCAGCAAUCUGAGUGGCCUAUACAUUACUGAAUUUUCUUGCCAUUUUUGUGUCCUUUUUGUAUCAGCUGUUUUAACAUUUCUGUUCCUCCAUUCACACUGCUAGAGAAAAAGCUGUGUAGUGAAUGCCACUAAAUAUUCAAGGUCUCCAACCUCAACCAAGCCCUCAUUACAAACAAGCAACCCUUUGUGAGUUCCUGGUCUGUUUGCUCUCCUAAUCACUACGUCAGUUAUUUUACACCUUCAUUGUUCUCCUUAAUCCCCUACCUCACCCUUGACUAUUCCCCAUCAGGUGACCAUGUUUGAUUUUUAAAAUGGAAGUAGAACUUCUUAGACAUUGGCUCCCACAGUCAUUAAAAAAAAAAGAACGAAAUAAAAGAAAACUUACAACCAUCCACAAAGCAGAUGUUUUCUCUCCUGUACAGAUCAGGACGUUGAAAUUCUCUGGUAGCAGACCCUGUCUGAAAAUGCAGACCUGUCUUUAAAUUCUUUUACUGCACCAGGCUGCCUUUCAAAAUAUCUGUUGAGCACCCACUUUUUAUAGGUUCUGGUCUUGGUAUUAUCCCCACUUAACAGAUGAGGAAGCAAGAAUUCAGUAUGUACCAGAAGCCCACCUUAUACACAGUUACCUAUUGAGAAAAGUGGCUCUAAUCAGCUUUUUGCCUCAUUAGCUGAACAAACCUUGAACAGAAAGGUUUGCUAUGACCCUUCCUUAAUAAAAAAGUCGUUGACCAGGAACUUUCCUACUGAGUGGCUUCAUGUCUGCUCAAUAAAGGUCUCUCCUUGAAAAGUGUAAAUGCAGGUAAAGCAGCUUGUGAACUUUGCAAUUCCCAGAGACAGGAAUGCGGACCUGAGAUAUUGUUCUGAUGGUGGGAGGAUUCUUCUACAUCGAUAUUUAUGUAUA